ACAGGCGCAAUGCGGCUGUCGGGAUGUAAGAAGGAAUGGCGACGGUCGAGACGGUUUGGAGGCCAGAGUUGAGCUGAAUUUGACUAAAGAGGAGCGGAGCACAGGUAGUUUAAACAUUUCAGACCACGAACACACUCAUUAAGAUAUGUAUUAAUCCAGCUGUGUGUUCAAAGUCAGAUGUUGCCGUACUUAUACGGAUAAAUGUCAUAUUUGGAGAAGGAGGCAGUUACAAAGCCUUCUACUGUCAAUAAGCAAGUUAAGAUAUUAAGAAACUUAAAAGAUGAAGAUAUCUAACUGAAGUUCUCGUUUUAUGCAAUAAUAUAAGAGAAUAUUAAUCUCACAAUCUACAUAUUUCUUUUUUAUUUUAUUUUUUUAAGGUUUGGACAUGUGAACUUUUAUAGAUGGAGAUCCCCAAGAUGGAAAGUGAGGUGGCUGUGUCCUCCUCACCCACUUUGGUCUCGUCUUCCUCCACUCAGACUUCCCUCGCCCCGGCCAACCUCGCAGUCAAACACAGGGACAGCAGAAAGACCACACCAAACACCCCCGCCUUCCUCUCUAACCUGGGCAGAGCCACGCUCAGAGGAAUUCGCAAGUGCCCCCAAUGUGGGGUCUACAACGGGACCCGUGGGCUCAGCUGCAAGAACAAGGCCUGCGGGAUAUCCCUCAGAAAUGCCUCCACGGCGGGCAGGAACAGCAAGAAAUGUGCCGUGGAGGUGGUGAAAGUGAUAAUAGACAGCGAGGAGAGAGGGGGGAAAGAAGGUGGCGGAGGAGGGGUCCUCGGUGGCUCAGGUGGAGGUGUGCAGGUGUUCUCGGUGUGUCACAGAGGAAGAGGAGCAACAGCGACACAACUCGGUUUUGUCGAACUUGUUCCCACUGACACUGCGAUAGCAACAGGUGACGGUGCAACCCUGCUGACACGCAUCAACCUGGGUCGCUGUUUCCUUCCGUCUUGCAGACAAGGUCAGAGGUCAAACCAGGGUGAGUCCGAAUCAGCUGUUCCCAAUUCUAAACAGUCCUCAGACAGCCUCUGUAUCCACAUAAAGCAAGCCAUUGAGUGUCAGAGCCGGGCCACCCCGCUGACCCUGAAGAGCUCAGUCCUGGAGGGGCUGCAGGCCUCCAUCCAAGCCAGGGAGGAGCUGUGGAGGCUGGCUACGGAGUCUCCAGGCCCCCUGGUGCAGCGGGUCUCAAAAGACACACUCGUGGUGAAGUGCCACACUGACUCCCAGCAUCCUCUGGGGCUGCUGCAUCUCACUGUGGGUCCAGGUGGGCUCUCGGAGGUUGCGAAGAGUGAGAGGAAGAGCAGAGAGCCGCAGCAGCAUGGGGUGUUUCACUGUGCCUGCCAGGUGAGCAGCGUCAGUAACAGCAGGAAGAGUAAACCUGGUGCUGAUGGAGCCAACCUUCAUCCUGCUCCGAGCUCCAUGCCAUCACAUCCCUGCCUGCAUUUCUACGCCUGUGUGUGCGCCUUCGCAAGUGAUGAGAAGCUGGCGUCAGAGUUUGCUUCUUUCAUCAGCUACACCCCGAGCGGUACAGUCACUAAACAUCUCUUAUUUGAAGGGAUAUUGCGGUGUAAAAUUAAGUUAGGGUCAAACACGCCGUAACACCAAGUAAGACACCCCGUCAAGAGAUGAAUGUUGCUGACCGCUUGCUUCUCUAGUUAUACCAACUUUAUUAACGACCGCACGAUAGCAAUACACAGUCGUCUGAGAAGUCAUAAACAAACCUCAACCAAAAAGCCACUCAAUAGCCACAAAUAAUGCUCAGAACAGCACCUAACUUCAUCAACAGUACAUAUAGGGUCCCAGCCAUAGAACUAGCCACCAAACAUCUUUUUUACUUUACCUAAUUUCUUUAGCAAAGAGACUGAACACAACUCACCUACUCUCCUCCAGCAGCCGCUUGUUUGUACAGAGACCUCGGGCGAUUCCAUCUACUGCAGCGGGGUGAUGCAGCUCAAGGAAGAACAUUUAUGAUCAUUACUUUAUGGAAAUGCAAUCAGACUGAGACGCUAAGGCAGAAGAACUACAGCGUCUGUAGUGCAAGAUGAUUAAUAUGGUGAUUAUGACUUCAAGGAAAUGAUAAAGUCAUGAUCAUAAAUGUUCUUCCUUGAGCUGCGUCACCCCGCUGCAGUCUGUAAUAGACUGGCCUGAGGUCUCACUACAAACAAGCGGCUGCUGGAAGAGAGUAGGUGAGUUGUGUUUAGUCUCUUUGCUAAAGACAUCAGGCAAAGUUAAAAAGAUGUUUGGUGGCUAGUACUGUGGCUGGGACCCUAUAUGUUCUGUUGAUGAAGUUAGGUGCUGUUCUGAGCAUUAUUUGUGGUUAUAGAGUGGCUUUUUGGUUGAGUGUGGCUCUCUGUAUUGCUAUCUGUGGUUGUCACUAAAGUUUGUAUAACUAGAGAAGCAAGCGGUCGGCAACAUUCAUCUCUCGAUGAAAUGUCUAACUCGGUGUUACCGUGUGUUUGACCCUAAAUUAAUUUUACGUCGGAAUAUCCCUUUGAAGGAACUAUCCAAAAAACUUUCACCUGUUGCUACCUAACACCUGGUCUUUGUCUUUCUUACAGGUGUGCAGCAAAACUCUCCAGGCAAAGUAUUUGGUCCCGGUGAGAAACCUCUGCUACAGGCUGAUCCAGCCAACUCUCAUCAUAAACUGAAGAAACUCCGCCUGGACGAGUCUCUCUCAGGUAUUCUCGUAAUAACUCCAUCUGACAGAUUUAUUUCGUAUAUCACUCAUCAGAGCGGGAUGUUUGUCUGAAUCCUCCAUAUGUCCCUCCCUUCUCUUUCUAUCUUUAUCUCUCCCACCCUGUCGUUCUUUAAUUUCCUGCCCCCUCAGUGGCCUCUCCCUCUGGUUUGGGAAAAGAGGGAGUGUCGGCGUGCGGUCUAAAGAAAGCUGGUCAGAGGAAAGGCCCUGGUGCUGGUGGGCUGAAGGCUCCAGGUGCUGUCCCUCUGCCUGCCUGCCUGCCUGCCUCACCGCUGACCCCCCUCGCUCCCUGCCUUUUCAUCUUUCUGCUGCUUAAAUCUGUCUGUCAAAGAGCCUUACAUCGUCUUAGACAUCUGCCUCUAUCUUUAUCAUUCCUCCGUCUAAUCCCGCUGCACUAAUCCUCAUCCACUAUUGAAAAGAACAGAGUGGCGCUGUAGUGGACACACAGAGCAUAUUUUAACAUUUAAUUUGUGGGGCAUUCAAAACUUUUACAGACCUUCUAAUUACAUUUGACAGGAAAAAGCUUUGAAACUUAAAGGUUCAAUGAGUGGUUUGUGGGUGGUCCUCUUUGAAACCAAGGAGAUAAUGAAUGAAUGUAUGUGUGUGUGUGUGUGUGUGUGUGUGUGUGUGUGUGUGUGUGUGUGUGUGUGUUGCAGGGAGCACUCAGGUUGUAGAUGAGCGUACGGUGACUCUGGGCUUCCACCAGUGGCUGGCAGGCGUCACAGAGAGGAUCCACCAGUCAAUGCACUACCAGUAUGAUGGUAAAGCUGGACCUUGUUUUGCACUCUUCUCACAGGAGCUUUAAAGGUGGGGUAGGCAGGAUCUGAGGAAGUGCCAGUUUUUGGGAGAAAUCUUGAAUGUAAACUCUACCCCUCCCAACGUGUUUUCCCCUCAGCUCCUCCUCUCCCCUCCCUCUCUGCUCCAGCAAGCCCCGCCCACAAACAGACGCUCCUGCUCGCUCUCAUCGUUUUAAUUAAAAUCAGAUAUAAUGCAGAUAAAUACUUAAGAUAAUUACAAGUAGGGCCCAGUCAAUGUAAAGGUAUAAAACAUUAGUGCUACUGUGGAUGACAACAGACUACCAGCAAACACAAUGUUUGCAGGACUUUUACAACUAGGAUAAAGUGACAUAGUCCAGGACCCGGGGUAAACAGUUUAGCGGCGCUACAACACGCAGCAGGUCCCGUUUGACAAGAAAUGCUUCUGUUAGAGAGACUUUGCUUACUUUGUGAAAGCCGUUUACCUGUCCAGCAGAAAGGUUACAGGGUCCAUAAGAUCCUGAAGCGUUCACUGAUGGUGACCCGGCUUUUUAGUUCUUGUCCUGGUGGUCUACCUCCUUUUAAAGCGCCUGUUAUUCCACUAGAGUCUCCGGUAUUUACUUUGUUUCCUUGCUUGUGUUGAAAGUCUUGGCUAAAAGAGGAUUCAGACAUUUUCCCGUACUCUCUGGUUGGUUUCUACUGUCCGCGAUUGUAGCACGCCAACUUUGUUUGGGCUCGUGAACGUUAUUUGUCAAGCAUGCCUCACAACAUGAGGGAGCAGCACCUACCUCACAACCAAUCAGGUUGUGGAGGUGAAGAAUGGCUUUGUUUACAGUCAGAAAGAGUGGGCCACUGAAAAAUGUUAAAAUAUUGACUACACAGACAUAAGAGAACACAGCGAUAUUGUUAUAUUCCCAAAUGUCAUCAAUAACUAACAGCUAAUGACUGAUAUUAAAAGCUUUUUUUGUAUAUAUACACCACAAAAAAAGAUGCUUCUUUAACAGAUUCCUGCCUACCCCACCUUUAAGUCCAGUCAAAGUUCACCCAAGCUUCAAAAAGACUGUUUUUGGUUGCUUUUGCACACUUUAAAAAAAACAGCUUCUUCAUGUUUUUCUAUCAGGGAAACCACAGCCUCUGGUGUUCCACAUCCCUCAGGAGUUUUUUAACGCUCUGCAGCAUCGUUUGUCUUUAGGCUCCAAGAAGAAGAGAUUGCCCAACCUCACAACAGGUUAAAAAAAACAUCAUUUACGAGUGAAUUUGAACAGUGUCUUUAAACUGCCGUGGAUUCCUCACACAUUUAUGGUAGAAGUUCCCUGAAUAACACUCUCUGUUUCUCCCUUUCUGUCUUUCUUUGUUUACUUUUAGCGUUUGUGAGAAAUGAUGAACUUCCUCUUGGGUCUCUCUCCAAGUACACCUGGCACAUCACCAACAUCAUGCAGGUCAAACGCAUCUUUGACACCCCAGAGGUAAACAUCCUGUCUAAAGAUAAACAAAUCAGAAAGGCUGCAGAAGAGAUUCAAAAAGCUACUUCCACCAUUUUCAUAACAUCUUCCCGUCUCUCCACCAGCUGCCUCUGGAGCUCUUUCAGAGUUUUGUGAAAAAUGCAGAUGGUUCUUAUUCACACUUUCACUGCCCCGAGCCUCCACCAGAACCAGAUUUACCAGAGGGAUGCAAGACUGAACGGCCGCAGGCGAUUCGACCGCUGGAGCUGCGCACCUUCCUCAAAGUCGGUGAGUGUUACCACCUGAAUAACACAGAAAAGUCAGUCUUUUCGACUGCAUUAUCAAAAACCUGAUCCGUCUCUGUAGGACCGGGCUCUACAGAUCAGAAGGAGAGCGGUCCGUUUGUGAUUGAGUGGAUCCCAAAUGUUCUGCCUCGCUGUCAGAUGGGAGAGCUCAGGAUCAGCUUUGAGUUUGGACACCAGCAGAGCGGUCAAACGGAUCACUGCGAGAAAACAGGUGCAGCGGAGAAAGGAGCUCAUAUCAAGUCUGAGCCGAACCAGACCCCCAAACACAAGAAGACAGUCGAAAUCAUUCAGGUAGUUGUCUGAUGGCCUGUGAUCACUUGAACCUGAUACUCUGGAGAAGAUGGUCAUGAAUUAGUCACAGUAUCUUACUCAACCAUAUAUCCACAUUAUAAUAUGCAAUAAUAUCGUAUUGAUCCGAAGCAAUUUAAAACAGUACAGACUCCAUUUUUGUUCUAAAUGCUUAAUAUUUAGAGUGCUAAGCAAAAAAGAGGUGUUGCUGUUCUAUCAGAUUUUUAUUUUUAACAUAUUAUUUAACAUUUUUACUCGAGACGGAUUUCACAAAUGUGAAAAAAAAACAAAAACAAUCAAUUCAAACUAAGUUGGAUAUUUUAAAUUAGUUUGAUUCCACUUUGUUACAGCCUGUCAAAGGUAAGAGUUGAGCUCUAUCAGCAAAAAUCAUGAAAGAGGUGACACACUACCUGCAAACUUUCCACACAGUGUGAAAAAUCUGCUUUUUGUGUUAAAACUGGAUCAUACUUGUCCUGUAAGCAUGAAGCAAAUAAAAAACACUGAUAAUGGAAAAAAAAGCUGUUUAUCAAAAAUUAAAAUUCCUCCCACAAAAAAGGAGUUAAAAUCUUUCUUUUUUCAGUACGAAGUUUAUAACCUCUCACAUGUAUUAACAGGAAAAAUCACAGUCAGAAAAGUAUAACCUUAGCGAAUACAAAGUAAAGACACAUGACACAACAAUUUAAAAACUAAAGAAAGACGAUUGAAAAUAACAGAAGUGUUUUACAUUUACUUGACAAAACAAAAAUCCACUUUAUUUUUCUGAAUAAAUGAAAUGAUGGUUUUAUAAAUAAAAAAAAAGUUUGUCUGAAUUAAUGAGAUUAAGUUAUGAAUUCAGAAAAACUGGACUUUUUUUUUUUUACCCAAAUAUUUUUUUCAACAAUCUUGAGACAAUUAUGUUGUCUAAUUAGCAAAAUAGAGAAAUUUUCUUCAUCCAUAAAAUGUACUCACGAUUAGACUAGCAUCUCUUUAAUUUAGAGAAAUGUAUUUUUUUUUCUCUCAAGUGAAUAUAACACACUUCUGUAGAAAAUAAAUAGAAAUCAAAAAAGAAUAAACUAAUUACGACAGAUUUUAUUUUACUUCUGAGAACAAAAAAGCGGCUCUUUUGUCGCAGAUUACUGGACUAAUAUCGGGGAAGUUGAAGAAGCAAACCAGUCCUUCUGUGGGCAUUGUGGCUGUACUUGAAUUUCCCUCUGGGGAUCAAUAAAGUUCUUAUUUCUUA